AUGUUGUCUACUGGGUGUCAGAAGCUUGGGAUAAACGUUAGGGAGGACACUAUAAGAAGGUCAUGGCGCAAACUUUUCGGAAUUGAAAAGGCAAGCCGCCAAGAGACAGCUGCUGCUCCUGAAAACCAGCCAAGAGCAUGUCCUCCUGAAAAUGAAGAGCUUGUGAAUCUUUGUAACCACCUUCCAGUGGCUGAGCCCAUCAGUGCAGAGGACAUCAGUGAAUGGAUCAAUGGAGAUGAGGAUCAGGCCCUAACUGAUGACGUGAUUAUCCAGAUGCUCAACCAACCAGAAGAUGAUGACAACGAUGAACCUGAUGGGGCGACUGAGAAAAUAUCACAUACAGAAGGUCUAAGAACGAUCGAGGGAGCACUGGCAUACAUUGAACAACAAGAAACCGCAACAACAAACGAUUUAGUUUGGCUGCGACGCUGGCGCAACAGGGCGGCUAGCCUAUAG